CUAACAGAGCAUCUCUAUACGGAAUCUCUUGUCCUCAUUAAGUGCUGGAAAACGCUUACGACCAUUGAGUGAAGCUCUACAUUAUUCACCUUUGUUAGUUCAGUCUGUGUUAUCAUUAUUUUUUGGGCUCCUUUUGGUUGAUGAAGAAUUGCCACUUCAAAAUUGAUUAAAAUAGUAAACAAUUAUCUAGCAAAUUCGUUGAAAGUGGUUGUUAAAGUUUUUGCUGUGGGCUAUAACGAAAAAACAAACUUUUUCCUUGGAAAAGCGGUACAAAAUAAACCGGCGUUAGUAGAGCUAUUUUCUCUACAUACGAUCAGAACUUACAUAGUUUAAAUGUCUUCAACCGAAGUAAAGCUAUCGCGGCUGCUGAUCUUAGCGCAAAAGUUUAACAACUUUUACCUUUCAGGGUUUCAUAAGUGUGACAUUCGUCCAUUUGUGGUCGAGGGCCAACAAGUUGGUCUUAUUAAGUCAGAUGUUUUGAAACAUCUCGAAAAGUAUCCAGAAGUAUUUUGCAUUCGUGCUUGUGAGCAAACUAAACAGGGUUUGGUAGAGCUAAAUCCAGCUUUUCGGGACUACAACGAGCGCACUGAGCAACUGGAAAAGGUUUUGCGUAACCUGCGAUCCGAGGAACUUUUUCCUGCAUUACAGGGAUGGAGAGAUGAGUAUUUUGAGGUAAAAGCAGACUGCAGAGCUUUACUUAAAAUGGAACGAGCAGCUACUCCGCUCUUUGGAGUACGCAAGUACGGCGUGGAUAUAAACGGUUACGUAAUGCAUCCGACGCUUGGAUUAUGCAUUUGGCUGCAGCAACGGUCAAACACAAAAGAGACCUGGCCUGGAAAGUGGGACAAUAUGGUAGGCGGUGGACUUUCAGUCGGCUUUGGUAUAAAGGAAACAGCCAUUAAGGAGGCUGCAGAGGAGGCAUCAAUUCCUUGUGAUCUAGUCAAGAAUUUGGUGUCCGCAGGAUGUGUCUCGUUUUACUUUGAAAGCCGCCAAGGACUUUUUCCCAACACCGAAUAUGUUUUUGAUUUAGAGCUACCACUUGACUUUGUACCUCAAAACGCUGACGGGGAGGUCCAGGCCUUCGAGCUGCUAACAGCAAAGGACUGUGUGGAGCGCGUUUUUACUUCAGAUUUCAAGACAACUUCCGCGCCUGUGGUGAUCGAUUUUCUUAUCCGACACGGGCACAUUACAGCAGAUGAUGUGGUCGACUUCACGCAAAUCGUUGAGCUUUUGCACGUGCCCUUACAGUCCCUAUAUACGUACAAGACACGCUUGGAGCAAUCCAAAAAGCAACCUCAAUUCUUGCAAGGUGAUUCCAAAAACUGCAACUGUGCAAAAUUACAGAAAAUAUCAGUGGAGAACGGGCAUAAGAAGCCAAAUUAAUCCGAAAUACAGUCUUUAAAAAAAUUAUGAAUGCAAGUGAAAAACAAAUUAAAGGUUGAUGUAAUUUACGUGACCUUUUUAAAGCACAGGCUAGUAGCCAAUUGUAGUAGUACACAUUUGUAAUGGACGUAUGACCCUUGCCUACAAGUCUGAUUAUAUUGUGCUAACGACCAGAUAUAAUAAAAUUGGGUGUCAGCAAAGCUCAUUAAAAUACAA